GCUCCAUGUGUCUAUGUGUUUCAUUUAGAUGCUUAUCAUAUUCCUUGCAUGAUUUAGGAUGUUUUAGCCAAAGAGGACCUUCUGGAUUGCACUACCCAAACGGAAUCAUGGCUGGUAGCAAGAAUGAGCCUGCCGAAGACGGGCUGCCUGAUGGUUGGUCCAAAGAGUACAGGCCCAGAAAGGUUCGAGCUGGAGCUAGGGCCAGGAGGGACAUGUUCUACAUUGAUCCUACCAAUAGUUAUGAAUUUCGAUCUCUGAAAGAUGUUUACCGUCAUCUCGAGUCUCAAGAUGCCAGUAAUUCUGCUGAGACACCAAACAAGAGAAAAGUUGAAGACCUGCAGAUUUCAGAGAACCGAUCUCAUCAUGCAGAAGGAACUUCAGAUAACAUACAAAUGGAUAGUGCUCGUGAGUCGAAUCCAAAGAGUAGAGAGAAUUCUGGAAACAUGCCAUUAUCAGAACACGAGGGUGUCUCCCUAGGGAGGCUAACCGAGUUGGAGCUUCAGAAGGCAAGCGUGAACAAUCAGUCUCUGAAGCAUGAAUCAACUGGGAGAGAAAAGGCAAAUGUGGGGCCAAAAUCCAAGGGAAAGAAACAACGAACUAAACCUGCGAAACAGGUUUCUACACCUCUUCGAGCGUCGCCUCGUUUAACUGCACUUAAAGUCAACCAGGAAUUGAAACACAACCAGGAAGCCAGUAAUGUGCUCAGAGAUUCGCCUGUCAGCACACAGACAGAUAUUGCCGAUCAGUUAAAACCAACAAAGCUGGUCAAAAAUCCUAAAUCAAAGACUAUACCCUCUUUACCUCCUUGGAAGAAAGAUGGAGCACAUAUCGCAAGUGCUUCUGAACAUCCUGGAGAUAAGUAUCCUUCAGCUCAUGAACAGAUACCAGGAACAUCUGUUGCAUGCUCUAUAACAGAUGUUAGAUACCAAAAUGCGCCUUCUGAGUUACAUGUUCCACCACGACAGACUGGGCUCUUUGAAACAGCUGAUGAUAUGCCUGGUUCCUCCUUAUCGUCGCUGCUGCGAGGUAUCUUGUCAGAUCCAUGCCUUGAGUUUGCAUUCAAGACUCUUACAGGUGAUAUCCCUGUUCCUGACAACAAUCUAGCUGAUGCAAACUACUUCAUUCCACCACCCGACUUGACCAGAGGGGAUCCAUGCCUUGAGUUUGCAUUCAAGACUCUUACAGGUGAGAUCCCUGUUCUUGACAACAAUCUAGCCGUCGCAAACUACUUGAUUCCACCACAGAACUUGAACAAAGGGGCAGCGUCGAAUUGUUCUUCUUCCACUUAUGAUGGGAAGAACCAUGCGCAAGUAGACCAUGUCAGGCUGCCAAUGCCUAGGCAAUCAGAUAAUCUCUACAGCAGUGGUUGGUUCCCUCCCCAAUGAACUCCACCGAGGUAUAUGCGGCAACUGCUGAAAUGCAAAUAAUAAAAAGUCCUUAGUUUGGGUCAUAGGUAGGCUUCUUAUCUUAGUGCUCGUCACCGUUAGGUACCUCGACAAGGAUGCAUGUUGUAAGAAAGAUUGUACCUUGUUGUGACUAGUAAUGGAUCGAUCCAUAUCAUCAUAUGCUAGACUUGAUAGACCUUUUGGGUAGUAAGCUGACCAAUAACUCCGUUCAUCGUGUGGUUAGCAGAUAGCGAUGCCGGCAGCAUUGUGGCACCCCCUUUUAUUUUCGUGGCUGGGGUUCACUCUGUCUGCAUGUAAGACAUUUGAUCUGAACUGGACUAAGUUCUGCCUGAAUUUAGCUUCUGUUUUACUAUCCCUGGUCGAAUCUCUCUUUUGAUGGAGUGUCAAAUGUUGUUGUGAUGUACCACUCUCUUCAU